UGGGAUCAUUUCGCCAAAUAUCCGGAAGGAAUUUGCAUGGCGAAUGUGCCGCGCCAUCUGCGCAUGGAUCCUGGUGUGGCAAGACAGCGUGACCAUUGUUAGAGGCGUGCAAGUUCCAUUGCUAGAGGCUGCGCGCUGGGCAUUGUCAACAGGGGCUUCCAGCAGCUGCGCGCAGCCGGGCGGAGCCGAGUUCGAGGUGUGCCCACAGCCAUGGGCCGCCGUGGAGGCCUGGCAGUAUGCGUGCGCCAACUUGUUGGCAGCGGAAGCGCUGGGCGCAGGACGUUGGUCGCAUGCGGCCAGCACCGCCGCCGCUGCGGGCCGCUUCUUUGUCAACCCGGACAGGGCUGCCUUUGCGAAGGUGUCAGAAGAGGCUGCUGCGCUGAGAAGGCAUAUGCUAGAAGCAGAGCUUCCUUUGCCAAAGUGUACGCUGGACUAUCCAGAGGUGCCGGGGCUCGGCGUGCCAUUUCCGCUGGUGCCAGUGGUGAUCUCCGAGCCGGCAAGCCUUCAGUUGAAGGGCGGUGCUGCCAUGCCGCUCCUGGCGCUGGCCGUGUCUGGCCGAAGUCGUCCAUCUGUCUCCGACAUCUCCCAAGCACUUCGUGACGGCGUCCGACACCUGGAGGUGUCUCCCAGCGUAGCGCACGCUGUAGGCCAAGCCAUCCGCGAGAGCAGAGUGGAACGAAGCGAGCUCUUCCUUUCAGUGCUGUGGCAGCCGCCUUUGGAUUCGGCCGCAAAGCUGCAGGCGUUGGCCGACCAGCUGGGGCCAGUGGACAUGAUGAUCCUUCCCCACGCCUUGCCUUUCGACGCGAUGCGGCGCGCGUGGCGGCACCUGGAGAGGCUCAAGGCCAAGGGCUGGCUCCGGGCCCUGGGCGUCCGGGGCUUCCGGCCGGAGGAGGUGGACGCGCUGCCAAGCCCAAACCUGGUGGAGUAUGCCCAGUGUGUCUUCACGCCAUACCGCCCGGGUCCUUCUCGAGACACCUGGAAGCGCUUUGGCCAGCGCCAGAUCGCCUUGGCGGCCGCCGGGUUGUUGUCGGACUGGCCGCGCCCGCUACGUCCACCAGAUGACCCCCACGUGCGGAUCAUCGCUGAGCGCCUCGGGAAGAGUGGUGCCCAGGUGCUGCUGCGCUGGGCCUUGCAACUGGGCCUGGCAGUGGUCUUCCGCGCGAGUCCGGGCCACGUCCGGGAGAAUUUGGCCCUGGACUUUGAGCUGUCGCCCCGAGAUGCGCAGCUGAUCAGCGGGCUCGCCACCCUUGCGGAGCCUCUGCCGCCUGGGGAUGGCUUUGUACAUCCUUACGAGCCUCUGCCAAAGAUGAAGCGAGAGCUGUGAGGCAAAAACAAGCCAAGCGGCCAGCCAGCACUACAACC